UACACGGUGAUGCCCAAGACCCGGGAGCAACAUUUAAAAGAUUUGGAAGCGGUUUUUCAGCGGUUGCAGCAGCGUCGUCUCAUCACCAAGGGCUCCAAGUGCGAGUUUUUAAAACAAGAAUUGGAGUUCCUGGGGCACGUGAUCUCCACGGAGGGGAUUCGGAUAGACCCGAAAAAACUCCGGGCUAUUCAGGAAUGGAAACUACCAACAAAUCUGCAGCAGCUGCAAUCAUUUCUGGGUUUCGUGAAUUACGUGCGGCGGUUUAUACCCAACAUGGCGGGGUUAACUGGACCUCUAACCGACCUACUGCAGAAGGGGACUUUUUACGAGUGGGGAGAGAAGCAGCAAGCUGCGUUCGAGGCAUUAAAAAAUCUUUUAAUGUCGCCACCGGUACUUCGCAUCGCUGACCCGGAACGGCCCUUCGAAGUCAUCACCGACGCAAGUGACAUCGCCAUCGGAGCAGUGGUCAUGCAAGCUUUCGGCAAUGGUCUUCAACCAAUCGCGUACGAGUCUCGGAAAAUGCAAUCUGCUGAGCGCAAUUACCCGGUACACGACAAGGAGAUGCUGGCGAUUGUCCACGCGUUCAAAAUAUGGAGGUGCUACCUGGCUGGAGCAGACGUGACAGUGCGAACCGAUCACAAAUCCCUACAAUACCUGAGAGCGCAGCCGAAUCUCAACCCGCGGCAGAUACGCUGGCUGGACUAUCUGGAGUCGAACUUCACGUACAAGAUCACGUCCAAAAAGGCGCCAACCAUAUUGCCGACGCCCUCUCCAGACCAUCUGCCCAAUGGACUAUUCACCCACGGGUAUUCGACUGAUCCCUUCUUCGUAAACGACGGCCAUCUCCCAAUCACUACACGGAAAGGCGUCUAUUACUUACGAAGCGGAACAGAUGGAAUUUGGGUCCCAAGUUAUCGUCUACUUCGCGAAUUACUAAUUCAAGAAGUCCAUGAUUCGAAUUUAUCGGGACAUUUCGGGGUUGAUAAAACUCUGAAGGCGUUGCAGCAGUUUUAUUACUGGCCAGAUAUGGUGACGGACGUGCAGCGUUACGUGGCCGCGUGUCCGAUCUGCCAACGAAUGAAGUCAUCACACCAGCGACCUACAGGACUGUUGCAGCCCCUCGAGCCCCCUCAGCGCCCAUGGCAACACGUAACGAUGGAUUUCGUUACGGGACUACCGGCCGAACCCAGCGAAAACGACACAGUUUUGGUUGUCGUCGACCGAUUGACGAAAAUGGCGCAUUUCGCACCAUGUCGUACAACCAUCACAGCCGAAGAAACCGCGCGCCUCUUCAUCUCGAACGUUGUUUGUCUACACGGGAUACCAGCAGCGAUCAUUAGCGAUCGAGACCCGAAGUUCACGUCGAAAUUCUGGCAGGACACGUGGGCUCGGUACGGCACGCGUCUGCAGUUUUCAUCCGCGUAUCAUCCCCAAACGGACGGUCAGACUGAAAGGACGAAUCAAACGAUGGAGCAGCUGAUUCGGACAAACCGCCCCGACUGGAAAAAAUGGGAGGACGUGCUACCCAUGUUGGAAUUUUCCUACAACAACGCGCCCUCGGCUACGACUAAUCACUCCCCGUUUUAUCUCAAUUACGGGAUGGACCCUACAGUACCAGUCUCCACCAACGUUGAGAGUCAAGUACCACGAUCGCAGCAGUUCGUCGAAGAAUUACAGAUUGCCCGAGACAAAGCUGUCGAACUUAUUCACAAGGCGAACGCAACUGCCCGACGGUAUGCGGAUCUACAUCGACGGGAUAUUACAAUGACAACAGGGCAACUAGUCCUUUUGGACACCAAGAAUUUACGACUACCACUACCGACGAAAUUACGACCAUGUUUCAGUGGCCCAUUCAAGAUCAUGAAGAUGGUGACGCCGGUGACCGCCCAGUUGCGCCUACCUGAUGAUUGGCGUAUUCACAACAAGUUCCACGUGAGCCUGUUGCGGCCUUUCGUGCCCGACACAUCAGACAUCGCCCGACAGCGAUUGUGAGUGAACAUCUCCUUAUUCAUUUCCGUG